UAGCCAGGCUGUGACGUUAAAUUCUGCUCUGUCAGAAGACAGCAUCUGUCAAAGCCCACAUUUAAACCACUGCCUUCGAGAGAGACGGCAGCAGCAGCCUAGGAAAGCAAGCAGGCAAGCAGAGAUGGCUCUCUAGACCACCGCUUCUCUCUCCCUGCACCCCCCCCCCCCCCCCCCUUAAAACGAACCCAGUCUUCUGCUGAAGCUGCCUAGCAACAAGAGGUAAAUCAUCUAUUUUAUUCAACUAGGCUACUAUGGCUUUGUAGUGCUUUAUCCCCCAUAAACACUGACUAAAUCUGCAAGCACUGGCAUGGAUACGGACGGCUGAACACUGCAUUGGAGACAAAAAAAUAAAUAAAAGGAAGAGAUCUGAGGAAGCAUUCAAUGCUGGAUGAGCUACCAGGAGACAAUCUGGGUACGCAGAAGGAAUGCUGGGAUUCGUUUUGCUUCCAAACCCAGGGAAUAUAAAACACUUGUCUAUGAAUGGAACAGGCAAUAGGACAAGCAACAUGCAGACGGACAGUAGGCAAAAGAGUACACCGAGGGGAGUUUUUUAAAGGAAGUGCGCAUGUUCUCUCGCAAAUUUUUUCGGCCAAGCAAUGACGUGCCAAAACUAUUCGAUAGGUGUAUGCCUAACACCAUGAAUGUAAACAGUAAAAAAAAAAAAAAAGGUAUGUCAAAUUCUCGUGUAUUGAUUUCUUCACAUCUUAAAUGCAAUUCAAUUUGUUAAAUAAUCCCUCUACGAAAGGAGAGGAUUUGUUGGCGGGCGGAGAGGGGGAGAAAAUGCAUUUAAACACAGCUGUUCACUGGAUAAUAAUUUAAUUUAACCAGGCAAAUGCAACAUGCACUUAUCCAGGAAUCAGGCAGAGCAGCAUUAUUUAUUUCCUUUCAAUCUGCGAUACGAGAGAAAAAUCCUUUUUACAAACUAGGUCACAUUUAAUCCGUUAUCUGAAGUAAUCUUAAAUCUGGACUGAAACUAUCAAGCUGCUGAAAGCAGGUAGCCCUGCAAAUUAUAUUUGCACAGUAGGAAGAAUCUAAUACUGAUUUUAAUUUAGAAACCACAAAAAAAUAAAAUUUAAAUAGUCUAACAUGUAAUAUAGCAAACCGUCAUUAACAAAACCAUCAAAUUCCCAUUUUAGAACAGCAGUGGAUUUAGAACAUGCAGGAACUGUGUACUUUACAAAUCUGAAUAUGCAAUAAAUCAUUCAAGCAUUCCAGUAUUAAAAUGUGCUUACUCUGCCCUGGGCUCUGCUGCCUUUUAAUGAAAAUGGUUAUACAGUACAAAUGUCCUAGGGGCUUGGGACACAUUGCAGCACAUAUUAUGCAGGUCAGUGAUGGAACAAAAUCGGAUUUCCUUACACUUUUUAAAUAUGUACAUAGGCUGGACACCAGCAAACUGAAUGGGAGGUCAAAACCUUUUACAAGUCAUUGAAAAAGGGAACCUAAAUAACGGUUUAGUAAAAAUUUAUAUAAAUCAUGUGUAUGUCUAUAGGUCUGCAUGUCAUAGUCAGAAACUGAUUGAGAUUUUUGUGCAGCACAUGUUAAACUCAAACUCAGUUCUACAAACAAGUAUGAGGCCUACAAUGUUAGAGAGAUGUAGCAUCUUGCACAAUUUAACCAGGAGGCAAUAUUACAUUAAAAAAAAGGAAUUGGAAAAAAAAUAAAAUCAAAAUUAGUCUUUAAGAAAUCAAGUAUAUUGUGUCCUAUUAAGCAGUUACAGACAAAACGGCAAAUCCUUUUUGAUAUCUAACCCGAGAAAUUGAAACAUUAUUUAAAAUGAGUGCAUUUUACAGGAAGCACAGCAGAGCCUGUGAAUGGUCAGUACAAAAUACUAGAAUUCAGACAAAUGAAGGUACUUCAUGCAAAAUAAAUACAGGAUUUGUAGAAAUUGCAUUUCACUAGUCAUAUUUCUGAGAAAGCAGCUACUUCAGUGCAUUUAAAAUAGCCCCGUGGAAAGCAAACUGCAGCUUUUAAAAUAGUAAACAGAACAAUGCAAAGUUACAAGAUUUAGGAGACCAUCAUUUGAGCAUUUAAUCAGACCCCUAAAGUGUAAUAUUUCUAGGACAGCAACCGUAAUCCUGGCCCCCCAAGAAAGUUUGCUAACAUUUUCCCAUGAUGCUUGGGAAGCCUUUGGUGUGCCAAUGUAAUCCACAAUCAAUACUCAAAGGGAAAGAAGUGCAAGGAAUGUGUUGCUUAUCACGAUCCAUACCUUUUGUUUAAAAAAAUAAAUAAAUGAAAAUUUGUAUCUGUAUCAAAAUACAGUUAAAUCAGAUACUCUUUGUUUUGAAAGAACACAGUGCUGCAUAAUAAACUUCUGAACAGAGUGAAAGGAGCUAUUCUACUCCAAGAAACCUAAUGCCAUCAAAAUUUGUUGAGACAGGCUAGGCUAGGCUAGCACUGGCUGACCUUUACAUCCCAGAUUUAGAAAAACUAAAUUUCUCAUAUUUUUCAGUCAUUGAAAAGCAAAUGUAAGUUGACCAGCUCUGGAGUAAUCGUGGGUUAAAAUUUACAAAUCUGUAAUUAAUAUGCGUAUUGCAGUCUUAUCACAUACAGCUUCAUUGAGAUUAUUCAUUUUAUUAACUACCAAAACCAUUUGCAGUGCAUGUACAAUCAUUAAAAAAAAAGAAAGGUUAAAAAAAAAAAAAAUUGGAUACUGUAAGUUGUUCUUUUAAAGAGUAGUUAACAGCAUCUAUGUUGAAAACAGUUUUGUAACAAGUGCCCUGUAACAGAAUUUUUUUUUACAAAAAAUAAAAAUGGAGUGCUGGCUCCCUCUAGAGGAAAUAAACGUUAAUAGGCGUCAACUGUGUCGUUGUUGCUCCUUCAACCAAGAGAAAUGCUUGAUCAAGCAUUCAAAUAUCUUGCUAUUUGCAGAACUAAUUUUUUAAAUGAAUGCCGCUACAGGCAUUUGUUUAGGCAUCAAGUGAUAAAUUCCUUUAAAUUCCAAAAGUGUAUAACUGUGAGCAGACUCAGCAGGGAAGUAACUGAACCCUGAAAAUGUGUUUUGACAAUCACAUCUUCUCAUUGACUUUUCCAAUAUUGCAUUCGCCAGUAAAAACAUGGAAGGCAUUGUACUGUGACUAACAAAGCAUGGCUCUGAUCAAACUUUCAGAAGUUUUCUUUUCCCAAAGCAAAACAAUCCUGGCAAACUAUUUACAAGGGGCUUGCUUCAUUACAUAAAUCAGCACCUGUAUUAAACUUUGCAUUAAAGUGACAACGUGUAAUGUAACUAAAACAUUAAGGAUAAAACAUUGGAUAGGCAAGAAAACCCAUGAACAAAACUGUUCAACAUACUGUACACAUCUUAUCUAAAAGGUUAAAAAAAAACAAAAAACGCAUAACUCAUUAAUGAAAGGCAAUUAAAAAAAAAAUGUAAGCUGACGGGCAGGGCCCUCUAUCUGUUGUAUGGGUCUGUUUCUAUUGUAUUGUCUUUUUCCCCCAAUUGUACAGCGCUGCAGAAUAUAUGUUUGGCGUUUUAUAAAUACCAGUAAUAAAUAAAACCAUGUCGAAGUAUAAUAGAUUUUUUCCUCCAUAGAGAAUGCAAUCAAGUCUUCACAAGCAGCCUGGUACAAUAGGCAUAAAAAAAAAAAAAAAAAAAUAUAGAAUAGCAAAACAACUAUUGUAUUGCACACCAUAUCUUCAUGAUAGUGUUCUAAAAAUAAAUAAGCAAAAUAGCCCUUCCUUCCUUAUAAAGAAAUAACGGUUGAUAGCUGUAUUACAAGCACAGUUGUCUUUUGGGUAUAGUAACUUUCAUCUGUUUAUCUCAGCAGAUCUUCCUUUAGAGAAGUGUCCAUCAGCAAUUGAAGAAUGAAGACAAACAAAGAAUAGCAAUUGCUACAUUUUGUUGGCAGGAUAAAAACAACUGAAGUUUGGGCAGAUGCAGUACACUGCAUCUGCGGCCCAAAAGCAUGCUUCAGUGGAGGAGACGUCAUUGCUGCUUUGCUAAAAUGUCCUGGAACAGCAAGAGAUCCCUCUUCCGUACGCAUCUCACUGGCCUCCUAUCACUUGUGUUUCUCUUUGCUACAUUCCUGUUUUUUAACCAUCAUAACUCGUUCCCUGGCAGAAUUGGACUUAAAGAGAAUCCAGUUACCCAUAUAAUCCGUGGAUUCAAAACUACUAAAAGUGAAAACAAUAGUUCAUUGAGAAAUAUAUGGAAAGACACUAUCCCUCAAACACUGAACCCUCAUACAGCAUCCAAUGCAAGUAACACAGAAUCUCUACAACAAGGCGUGACAGGAUUGGAAAACACGCUGAGUACCAACGGGAGCAUAUACAGUGAAAAGGGCAAUGGCCAUCAAAAUGUGUACCACUAUAAAUAUGUAAUCAAUGAGCCUGAGAAAUGUCAGGACAAAAGUCCAUUUCUUAUACUACUCAUAGCUGCAGAACCAAGACAGAUUGAGGCUCGUCAAGCCAUAAGACAGACCUGGGGUAAUGAAAGUCUUGUACCAGGAAUCCAAAUUGUGAGACUCUUCCUCUUGGGUUUAAAUGUCAAGUUAAAUGGAUUAAUCGAACAGGCCAUCAUGGACGAAAGUCAACAGUAUCAUGACAUCAUUCAACAGGAAUAUUUAGAUACUUACUACAAUCUGACCAUUAAAACACUCAUGGGAAUGAACUGGGUGGCCACAUAUUGUUCAAACGUUCGCUAUGUCAUGAAGACAGACAGUGACAUGUUUGUUAAUACUGAAUAUUUAAUACACAAGUUACUGAAGCCAGACCUUCCUCCAAGAACCAAUUACUUUACAGGGUAUUUAAUGAGAGGGUAUGCGCCAAAUCGGAACAAAGACAGUAAAUGGUACAUGCCGCCGGAUUUGUACCCAAGUGAGCGGUAUCCAGUGUUUUGUUCUGGGACUGGCUAUGUGUUCUCUGGGAACCUGGCAGAAAAGAUAUUUAAGGUCUCCUUAAGUAUCAGACGACUGCACCUAGAGGAUGUUUAUGUCGGAAUUUGUCUCGCCAAGUUGCGUAUUGAUCCCGUGCCUCCGCCCAAUGAGUUUGUAUUUAAUCACUGGAGAGUUUCCUAUUCAAGCUGUAAAUAUAGCCACCUAAUUACCUCCCAUCAGUUCCAGCCCAGUGAGCUGAUCAAAUAUUGGAAUCACUUGCAACAAAAUAAGCACAAUGCCUGUGCAAAUGCAGCAAAGGAAAAGGCUAGCCGUUACCGGCAUCGUAAAAUGCACUAAAAGAAUCGAUAUGUUAAAGAAAAAUAUGAAAGCAUGUGCUGUGAAGUUAAAAAAAAAAAAAAAAGAUCGACAGUUUAUGUAUUUUCUGAAAAUAGGGUUGAAAAAAAAUAUUUUUUUAUUUUCAAAAAGCAUAAGAAAAAAAGACUGACAAAUUACAAGAGCAAAAGGAAGAAAAAGUUAUAAAACAAAAAAAUGCAUACAAAUGUGUUUAAUCUGUGCAAUAGGAAGCAUGCACACUUUGAUGAUACACCUGCUAUUUCAUGUGCUAAUAAAAAAUAAAAUUAAAGUCAACUGGUCAAAUUUCCACAAACAUGCUAAGUAAAUGCAUUAAUACCUUUUUCAGGGGAAGGAACUGUAAAUUAGGCUUCGUAUCCAGUUGAACAUUGCCACAUUUUAAUUUGCAACUUAACAUGUCUAUUAAUUAAAGUCCAUCAAAGACAAACAAUGUGCGUAAAAUAACUUUGUAUAGAUGGAGUAUUUUUACUGAGAGAAAAAAAAAAAAAAAUACCCAACUCCUUUGUAUUACACUGUCCACAAUAAAGGCAAAAUAAAGAGUAAUUUGAAUGUGUCUGCCAACAGAUUGGUGUCAUAUGUCAUGAGAUGCAAAUUCAGUCCUAGUUUCACAGACAGCUCUUUCUAGAGACACUAUAAACCAUUUUUAUCUUCUGGAUCUGACAAGAGAAACUUUCUAAAGAGACUAGAAUAUUAUGGAUUUAGCAAUUGAACAGAUAUAAACAUGGGAAAUCGUAGUUGUGAGCAAAUAAAUCCCUGGGUCAUGGGUAAAAUUAACAAUUGUGGUCAGUGUAAAUGGCCCCCUUUAAAUCCCUUUAUUACCAGGGGUAGAUAAAUAGUGUUAUGUGGGUUCAUAUGUCUUUGUAUUUGCUUAUUUUCUAAAACAAUUUCAAAGUAUUUGUAGCAUACACAGGACAAAUAACUGCAUACCCCUAAAUAUUGGAUUUAUGUAUUUGAGAAAGCGAGGCAUUGGAGAGAGGUGGCAAGACAAUGCAUUUAUAUGGUGAUAAGAGUACGAGAAGGGUCCUUAUUAACCUCUUGUUCUAGACAUUUGUAAUAGUUUUUCAUAUUUAGUCUUCUAUCCACUUUCUCAAAUUGUAAAGCAC